AUGGGAAUAUUAUGCUACCAUGGCACCUUCGAUUCAGGUAUCCGCCUGGAGUACGCUUCAAACCACAACCUCAGGGCGCUCAUCAACGAGGGAACUAGCCAACAGCAACGAUUGCGCUGGGCAGUUCAAAUCGCAGAGGCGGUCGAUUUCAUCCAUGCGGCUGGUGUCAUACAUGAGGACAUGACGUGUGCAAACAUAUUCGUGGACGAGGGCUUCAAUACAAAGCUUGCCGACUUCGCGGGGUCAUCACUCGACGGCUCGCCCCUCCUUGUUGCGGUGACGGCCAGCCAUGAGUCCCCUGGGCCACUGCUCUCUGUCCAGGCCGACCUUUUUGCGCUCGGGUGUGUCUUCUAUGAACGCAUGACUAGACAGACACCUUAUGACGGCAAGGAAGACGAGGAGAUAGAAGAGCUGUACAAAAGCCGUGUGUUCCCUGACACCGAGUCUCUGGGCGCAAUUGGCCACAUUAUCACCCAGUGCUGGCAAGCGCGCUACGUCGAUUGCAAGGCAACUGUAAACGAUCUGAAGAGCUUAUCUGCGUAG